AAAUCACGCGACAUUAAAGGUAUUAAUGAAUUGAAGGGAGUGAGAAAGAAUUUAGAUGAACAAAUACACGCCGAGGAGGAAAAACGGAACCAACUCAUGAAGGAAGUCGAAAGGAUGUCCUACAAGAUCAACGAGCUAAACGAGAGUCUCUCAAAGAAAGCUGCAGUGCGUCAUGAAUACGAUCGUACCAUUCAAGAAGCUGAAGGUGCAUAUGAGAAGAUUAUAGAGAGUUCUCAACUUUUACUCAAUCUACUAAAAAGAGAAGCUGCUAAUCUCGACGAGACACUGCAUACGAAUUAAGAUAUGAUCUGAUCUUGAAAAACUAGAACAAAACAAAUUUCAAAUUCCACCCUUUCAAGAAAUGAAUAUUUCCAAAAUAAAAAAAAAAUUCUUUCCUAUUUUCCAACAAAGUUUCUAAUUUCCAAUUUCGAAGAGAAAAAAAGGAAAAAA